AUGGAGGCAGACGAAUUAGAGAUGGUUAUUUUGAACAACGCCAUAUCUGAGAAUGACUUGUUCGGCGCAAAAGCAGUCAUUGAUUGCCACCCUAAGGUAUUGGACGUAGAUUUUGGAGCUUCAAGAGGCGAAACACCUCUUCAUAUAGCUGCAAAGUUUGGGCAUGUGGCCAUAGUAGACGAGUUGAUGAAAUUGGUUGGACCAGAAUAUCUUGAAAUAUGGGAUUAUUAUGGCUAUACCCCACUUGCAACAACUGCCACACAUACGGGAUCCAUCCCAAUUGCAACAUGCAUGAUAAACAAAAAUAGCGGGGCACUUACAAUUCCAGCUCAAUGGCCUUGGCUGAUUCCUGUUACCUUGGCUUUUUUUGGUGGCCACAACAAAUUGGGACUUUAUCUCUAUUCUGUCACUCCUUUGCAAGUCUUCAAACCAGAAAACGGCUCUUUUGUGGGUCCUGAGUUUCUCCGAACCUGUUUGAGAAAUGGAGAAUUUGAUAUUGCCUUGCAUUUGCUCCAACGAUGCACGGAGCUGCUUUUUGCUGGUGAUGAGGAUGGGAACUCAACAAUUGCGAAUAUUGCACUCUCUCUUCCUCAUUCUCUUCAUAAAAGUCAACUUCCGUUCUUGAAGCGAUGGGCCUAUCACUCCAUAAUGGCGAAUUAUGAUGAUGACAGUAAAGAUGGUGAAGAUGAAACAACCUCUGGUAUAAUUUAG